UACUAAUUUAUCAAAUGGAAGAAAAAAUAUAUUGUAGUGUUGUGUUGAUGGGUUUUUUUUAAAGUAAAUAAAAAUUGAUCGUUUAAUAAUAUCUGAUGUAUCCAAUAGUGGUAUGCAUUCCAUUUUUUUAUAGCUUCUAGUCCUAGUGAGUUUGAUUGAUGAUUGGAGUGGGCAGAGGGAAUUUGGUCUUAACAAUGACUGAUACUGAUACUGACUCUUGCUUAGUCCCUUGCCCUUAGUCUCGAGUCUUCAGUUUCAGUCUUGUCUUGUCAGCCUUAUUUGUGAGUUUUCUUGCGUCGCUUUUGCCUCGUGUCUUGUAUCUUUUGACUGUGUCUUCUUAAUCUAGAAUCUGAUGAGCCAUCCAGGCGAGUUUGUAUUUGUACACUAUUCACUAUAUAAUAUAUACUCAGUACUGUAUUAGUGUAUAAAUAAUAUGCUUAAAGUCUGAAGUUAAAGUCAAGUAUAACUUUUACUUGACUUAAACUUUAAACAGAAAGACUAACUUAUUAAGUGUAUAACUUAGUAUAAGUACAACUGGUACUAGGGUAGCCAGAUGAAAAAAAAUAUAAAGGAGGACAUUCAUUGCAUAUAGAAAAGUGUUGUGUUAGUAUAGACUAAAAUACUCUAAUAGUUAAAACUGUAUUCUGUAUUAUUGUGUAUUCUUAAAAUGGUAUUGUAUGGAUGGGCAUUAUGGCUUUCACGGACUCAUCAUCAAGUCUAUCCAGCUCCUUGGUUCACUGAGAGUUUAUCAUUGGAAAAAAAACUCUCCAAGAUCAAGUUUGCAUUUGAGCAGGAAUGCGGAAUUAAAAUUAAAAUUCUCCAAAUUUUCAGUAAAUUCUGAGUAAACAAUAAAUACUGGGGCAAGAUUUUAUCAGUACUGUCUAUUGUUCAUGCAGCCUUUGAUCUUUGAAGAACUUAAUCCCUUUGUCUUCAGAUUUGAUGAAUGACAUGUUUGUGGUUGUAAAAUUGCUCAUACUACCCAUACUCAUACAGUUUCAAUAUGUUUCAUGCCUUCAGUGAUGGCACUUUUUUUUGUUAAAACAAAACACAAAAAUCUAAUCUUUUGAAGCCUCCCCUGCCACUUUUCAGUUGUGUGUCCCCCGCUAUCAAGGCUGAUUUUUUUUUUUUAAUUUGCAUAUGCAAGUUAAUGCAUCUUUAUAUUACCGAAUAAGAGAAAUUUUAUGUAUGUACACAAUGUAGGCCUUUUGACGAAAUUAGUAAAAGUACUAAAUCCAAAGAUUGUUUUGCUUGUCACACACACCGUUGCAAAAAAUUAGAGGCACAAUUAAUCAGCAGUGCUCUACUAACUUCUACAACCAUCAUGCUGUUCACUUGAUAUUAACUAAAUUUUUAAAAUAGGCUUUUCUCAGAACUUUAAAAUCACAAGCAAUUAUAAAUGUUCGGAAUUAGUAUUGACUUUAUAUUUUAAACAUUUAAGAAAUCAUCAUUUUGCAACUCUCACACAUAACAUGUCUAUUUCUAACAGUCUGUUAUACUGCCAGUUCAUAAUGCUAGCCAGUGGAUAUCUGAAUCCUUGGCCUCAGUGUCACAACAAAACUAUCAAGGACCUAUUGAGUUAAGUGUCUAUGAUGAUGCCAGUACGGUAAGUAACUUGGUUUGAUUAAUCCUUUCAUGCACCUUAUUUGAGUCUUCUUUAAGAAGAAAAUGGCUUUAGAAAUCAGGUGCAUACUUUUCUAAAGACCCUUGAAUGUGUAAUUUGCAGUAAUUAUUUGGUAUACUUUUUAGGUGUGCAGGUCUGUCUUAAUGUUUUUGUAGGCCCUGGACCAAUCAAUGCAUUUGGCCACUGCAAUGAACACCCCCAAGUAUAUCUACUGAAGUGCAGUUCAGAUCAAAUUGUCUAGGGCAGAGUUUCCCAAACUUUUAAGUUUCACGGACCGGUAGACAAGUUUCGAAUCUGCACCAGGGACCAGUGCCAGAUUUAUUCAUUACAUUUUCUUUCUAUUUAAACAUCAAUAUUCAUGCUCUCUGGACCGGUAAUGUAAGGCUUGCGGACCAUUGCCGGUCCACGGACCACCGUUUGGGGAACACUGGUCUAGGGGACUACAAUACUGUUAAUAUACUUUACUGACUGAUUAAUACUGGAAUACUAAUAGACUACACUACUAGCAUUCUGAGAAUCAAUCCAAACAUUGAAUUUUCAGCAACUAACCACUAACAUUAGGACCACUAGCACAACACUACUUGCACUCUCCAUGCACCUUCUGUUUUCACUAACUUUCAUACCAUGGUCACACACCACUUUUCCACAUCACAUGUUUAUUGGCCUUUACCUUUCAGCCAAUCACACCACAAGACAUACCAUCACAACUCACUUUUCAAACAUGCUCACAAACCAGAUCUUAGCAGCCACCUGCCUAUUCCAUCACUUUCUAUAAUAAAGAUGUCAAUAUCGAUUAAAUUAAAUAUUUUUUUAUUUUUUAAUAAUUUUUUUUUUUUAAUAUUAUACUAAGGAUAAACCAUAAAUUACAUUUGAACAAUAUAUAAUAAGAUGAUAUUCAAUUGUUAAACCAUAUAGUCUGAGGUGGCUCAGUGUGCAUUACUACUUACAUAUUUUUUAUUAAUGAAUUAUGCAGCAUGGAAAUUGCCAUAUUUAUUUUCAAAGAAUAUCCAUAUCAUUGCCUUGAAAUCAAUAUUUUUUAAAGGUUUCCUUUUUCAUUUACAAUAAUUUACAUGUAUGCAAUUCUGUUCAAACGCUGCCACCCCAUUGUGCUGGGGAGCGUAUGUUUUUUAAUAGUUAUCAGUAGUAUCCGUCUUUGAAAUAAAAGUUCUCUUACAAAGUUGGUCAUCUCAAUGCAGAUGAAGACUUUGAAGACAAAUUCAGCAUUUGGAAAUAUAGCUUUUCAAACUGUACGAAUUUAUUUUGUCUGUAUGUUGUUGACACAGACUUGAUCCAUCACCAGCUACACAUGGCUUAGAUUCUAUUAAUAAAUUGUAACAUUUUUUCAGGAUGAUAGUGGGAGAGUUAUAGAAAGAUGGUGCAAUACUCUUGGUAAUUCAAAGUUUACCCUAAAAAUAUCAGGCCAUGAAGGAAAACCCCAUGGAGGUAAAUAAGUUAUUUUUACCAUAACAAAUUAAACUUUAAGGUUUUAAUAUGUUUAAACAUUUUUUUUGUUGUGGUUACACCAACAUUUCUCUUGUUUACCUAAUUUAUUUUUACCAGUGUUUUUUUAUUUUUUAAAGAAAUCUGCCUUAUGAAAUAUUAACUUAAUGUUGCAUCUUUAUCAAACAAGAGCAGAUAGAGUGUGCAUUUUGUUUAGUGAAGUUGUGUGGCAUCAGGAUCAAGGUUAUUAAUCCGGCUUCUAAAAUAUCAACCACAUUUUUUUUUAAUCUAUCAAUUUAAAACUGAUCUGAACAGUUUUCUCUGACAGAUUUUGUUAAACCUUAGGUAGACUAGUUGUUUUUUUAAGCAGCAUUUCAGAGUUUUGUUUUAUAGGGGGAAAAAAGGGUAGAACAAAUUGAACUAGGAAAUUAGACAACCUCACUAGUCCAUUAUGACAUGAUACAAAUUAGACAACCUCACUGAAUCAUUCUGACAUGGUACAAAUUAGACAACCUCACUGGAUCAUUCUGACAUGAUACAAAUUAGACAACCUCACUGGAUCAUUCUGACAUGGUACAAAUUAGACAACCUCACUGGAUCAUUCUGACAUGAUACAAAUUAGACAACCUCACUGGAUCAUUCUGACAUGGUACAAAUUAGACAACCUCACUGGAUCAUUCUGACAUGAUACAAAUUAGACAACCUCAGUGGAUCAUUCUGACAUGGUACAAAUUAGACAACCUCACUGGAUCAUUCUGACAGGGUACAAAUUAGACAACCUCGGUGGAUCAUUCUGACAUGGACAAAUUAGACAACCUCAGUGGAUCAUUCUGACAUGGUACAAAUUAGACAACCUCAGUGGAUCAUUCUGACAUGGUACAAAUUAGACAACCUCAGUGGAUCAUUCUGACAUGGUACAAAUUAGACAACCUCAGUGGAUCAUUCUGACAUGGUACAAAUUAGACAACCUCAGUGGAUCAUUCUGACAUGGUACAAAUUAGACAACCUCAGUGGAUCAUUCUGACAUGGUACAAAUUAGACAACCUCACAGGACCAUACUAACGUAAUAAAAAUUAGACAACCUCACUGGACCAUACUGACAUAAUAAAAAUUUGACAACCUCACUGGACCAUACUGACAUAAUAAAAAUUUGACAACCUCACUGGACCAUACUGACAUAAUAAAAAUUAGACAACCUCACAGGACCAUACUGACUUAUUACAAAUUCUGCAGCAACAUAAACCAGCUUUUGGUUGUCUUAAAAGCUAUAAUCUUGUGAUUGUUUAUACUGGCAUUUGCUUGUUUUCUUUAGGUUAUAAAUCCAUCUACCCUUCUACUCAUGAUUCUGUAGCUUAUUUUGGGUCUGCCUAGAUAAAUAAAGGUUUCAUUACUGCUGCAGAAAUUCAUCAUGUGGACCUGGACAUCGAACAGCUGGGAACUCCUUGUCAGACAGUUUAGCUGCCCCCCCCCUCCCCCUUUCCUCAUCUAGUGUAUUUGUAGCUUGUGUUGCAGUUUUAAAAAAAGCCUACAAUAAAUGUUUUUUUGUGUUUCAACUUCUGCUUGUCUUAAUGAUAAUGUGGCACCGUAUAUAUGAGAUGACAUUUUUUAAAAGAGACUUGGUGUAUUUCAGUGGGAUUUGCCAAAAACCAGGCCAUUGCCCAAAGCACAGGAGAGUACCUUUGUUUUUUGGAUGCAGUAAGUCUCUCUUGUUUCUUAUAAAUAGUGGAACCAGGUAUGUUUAGGCUUGAAAAAAAAAAAAAGACAGAACAUAUCAAUUAAGAGUAAAAUAUCCUUCAUUCAAGCCUCUAGAAAAGGAAACUCAAAUUCUAUUUAUUUUUUUUUUACAAAUAACAAUUAAUGUCACUUUUUGUUAUUCAGUUAUGUACUUAAGGAUAAAAUUAUUGAUUAUAAAUAACAGUAAAGAUUAGACAUGAUAGCGGAUUUAAUUGAAUAUUUAAGGAUGAUGUCAUGCAUCCAGACAGAAUAAAAAACCAGCUGGAACUGGCCCAGAUGUCUAAACAAGCUGUAAGUUUUUUCAAUAUUUUAACUAACAGCUAACAUUAGGACUACUGGCACUAAGCGACUUGCACUCUUUCUGCACUUUCUGUUUUCACUAACUUUCAUCCUGUGGUCACACACCAUUUAUCCACCUCACAUGUUUAUUGGCCUUUACUUUUCAGUCAAUUGCACCUCAAGACAUACCAUCACAACCUCUCAUAGCUUGACAGUGACCUGUUAUUUUUUCUUUCUGACAAAUUGUCUAUUUCUUCUGUCGAAGGCGCUAAUCACCUUUCUUAAUUAAAUAAAAAGAUACCUUUACUUUAAUCCUGUGGGUCGUGACCCCUUUGAAAACACAUAUACUCUACAGUUAUAAAGUAUCAACGAAAAUAAUUUUGUGGUUGGGGGUCGCCAUAACACGAGGAACACUAUUAAAGUGUUGCAGAUUUAGAAAGGUUGAGAACCACUGCUUUAAUCGUAUUAAAUCCUAAAAUUACCUUUAAAAGAUUAUGAGCUGAAGCUCAUUUCUCUACCCAUCAAGAGCAGAUGGUACGGUACACCUUACUACUUUUAAAAUGUACAAAUGUAUGCACACAUUUAAUCCUAUCAUUAAGUCUUUUGUAAAUCUGUGUCGUGUCUUGCAUCAGAUUGUGGGCUGCAAAUUUCACAGAGAACCUGCUGAUUCCACACAGCGUUUCACAAACUGGGCAAAUAAUCUGAGUGAAGAUCAGCUCUACACACAGGUAAUCUAAUAUUUACCCAAUCACGUCCCCACGUCAUUCAUCUGGCUUCGGGUUCCCUCUCUUCUUUUAGCUUCAAAAACCACUCUGGCUUCUUUUUCUAACGAUUUAAAUUUUUUAAGGUUUCUUUUUUUUUCAAAGUGAAAUUCCUCUUUAUCAUUAAGGCGAUUGAAAGCUGCCAUGUUUACACACCAUUUAUUUUCUGGCUAAUUUGCCACCAUGUUGCCACAAAAUUAAUACCAAAAGCCACCAGUUCCUUAUCACUGAGAUAAUUUUACUGUGGAAACCAUCACUUCAUUUUAAGAUACAGAUACCAGAAGUGUGAUGUAAAGGUGGUAACAGUUUCAAAUCAAGAAACGAUGUCAACAAAUUUCUUGGUUAUGUUUUAUAUGUUUCAGGUGUUGCCAUCAUUUAUGUUUUAUUUGUUACCAUCAUUGAUGGUUUAUUUUUGUCAGUUGUUACAUCAUUGAUGUUUUAUGUGUUUCAGUUGUUACAUCAUUGAUUUUUUAUGUGUUUUAUUUGUUACCAUCAUUUAUGUUUUUAUUGUGUCAGUUGUUACAUCAUUGAUGUUUUAUGUGUGUCAGUUGUUACAUCAUUGAUGUUUUAUGUGUGUCAGUUGUUACAUCAUUGAUGUUUUAUGUGUGUCAGUUGUUACAUCAUUGAUGUUUUAUUUGUUACCAUCAUUUAUGUUUUUAUUGUGUCAGUUGUUACCAUCAUUGAUGUUUUAUAAGUUUCAGAUACUUACCUUACCAUAAUUCAUGUAAGAAUGACAUCAUUUGCAGGUGUACAUGUCUCAUGGACCAACUGUGAUAAUGCCCACAUGGUUUUGUCAUCGCAAUGUCAUUCAAGCAGUCGGAGGCUUUGAUGAAAGUGGAAAGGUAGAUUCUCCACAGAUAAGUGAUUGUUGGUUUUUCCAACUAACGAUAGAUUUGGUACUGAAAGUUUGUUUUGCAUUAAGAAUUGUAAUUAUACCAUAGAUUAUUGAUGAAUUUCUAUUAUAAAAUUUAUUUGCACAGGGAACCCCUGAAGAUUUGAUCUUUUUCUUCAAACACUUGAUGCUUGGAGGCAAAGUUUUGAGGUCAAACACGGAUUUGUUAAUGUACAGAUAUCACCCACAGGCUGAAACAUUCUCCAUAGCCGAGUAAGUUUAUUAUAUUUAUUUUAGGAACUAAACCUAUCUUCAUUUUAUUGAUUUGUUUUUUGGGUGUUUUCAAUCCUCCCCCUUCCCCCCCCCCUCCCCAUCCCUUAAAUCUAUACUGAUAUUAAUGCUUGACCACAGAGCAACAAUAUGGAAUUUAAGAGUCAAGUUUUUGGAGAGUCAAAUACUGAACAGUUGGGAAUCGUUCGCCAUAUGGAAUGCAGGGAAGCAGGGUAGAAAACUUUUCCGAAGUCUUUCUUCUGUAAACAGAAAGAAGGUAGGUAUUUUUAGCGGGGUUUUAAUUUUGUCUCAGUAUAUUUCAGCCGGAAAAGCAAUAAUGAUCAUUUUUAGUUUACUUUGGUUAUCCAUUUCAUCUUCUCAUUCAUCGGAGCUAAUCAAAUUUUCUUCCACUUAUUAUUUCCCUCUUAAAUUGUGGCCCCUUGUUUAUCUUGCACUCCUAAAUUUGAUUUGCCCUUUUCAGGUAUCCAUGUUUUGUGAUGUUGACAGCAAGAAAAUUGACAAAAAGUUUUACACCUAUGAAGUUAGUAAGGUCAGUAAACAAAUGUUCAUAACAUUGUAAAGAAAAGUCUCACUCCAGUCUAAUAUUGUAUUUUAAAAUAUCAUGAGCUCUAUUGAUUCUAUUUGCUACUACGCUAGUGAUAAUGGUUACUCUUGUAUCAUCAUUAUAAUAUAUUAAUACACUCUCAAGUUUUCAAGAAAAAAUUUCUUGUGAAUGGUGUAUAGAGUCUAACAUUAGAAUACAAUAACACAUUUUAAUUCUGUUAUUUUGGUUCUACCUGAGAUUUUGGUUCUACCUGAGAUUUUGGUUCUGUCUGAGAUUUUGGUUCUACCUGAGAUUUUGGUUCUAUCUGAGAUUUUGGUUCAACCUGAGAUUUUGGUUCUAUCUGAGAUUUUGGUUCUACCUGAGAUUUUGGUUCUAUCUGACAUGAUUAAUUCAAUUUUUAGUCAAGUGUUCAGCUUAACAUUUGGUUUCUGUCUGAUUUUUUUUAGGGCCAGUGAUACAGAUGGUUUAGGGGGGGNUCCAGUCAUCUUGUGUAUUAAAUUGGUGAAAACAAAAACAAAUCCUAUAAUUAGUUGCACGCAAAUAAUAUUUACAUAAAUUAUGUGCUGUACAUAUUAAGCAAUGAAAAUUGUUUCCUUAUAAGGAACUUCUUUUUCUUUUUUUUUCUCCUUCAUCUUUUCACAAAAACCAGGAAGUUCCAAAGCCUAAAGUAGCCAUUGUCCAUUCACACAAGUGAGACCUCCAGUCAUCUUGUGUAUUAAAUUGGUGAAAACAAAAACAAAUCCUAUAAUUAGUUGCACGCAAAUAAUAUUUACAUAAAUUAUGUGCUGUACAUAUUAAGCAAUGAAAAUUGUUUCCUUAUAAGGAACUUCUUUUUCUUUUUUUUUCUCCUUCAUCUUUUCACAAAAACCAGGAAGUUCCAAAGCCUAAAGUAGCCAUUGUCCAUUUCACACAAGUGAGACCUCCAGUCAUCUUGUGUAUUAAAUUGGUGAGUCAUCCAUAGGGAUAGAUGCCCAAUAUCCUACAGUGUAGUAUCAUUGAUUAUAAUAUCCCGAACAACCAUUGCAGAAACUGUGCUGGUGCAUCUCUGGAGAGAUGGUUUGGUCAUGUCUGUAGGUCGUAUGGUUUGGUCAUGUCUGUAGGUCAUAUGGUUUGGUCAUGUCUGUAGGUCGAAUGGAUGCCAGCAACUUUUAGAUUGGACUGUACAGAGAAACUAAACCAUGGAUUACUCAAAAAGACUUAGCGAUGAAUCAGAGCUGUUUGCAUAGGCCCUGAAACUCCCGCUUCGGAUAUUUAAGGGCCCCAAUUUGUGAUGUGAAAAAAGCAAAAAAUGGCAGCGGGCCUCCCAAAGUCAAGUUAUGGGCUUUCUGAAGAACCUGGAGGCAGACUAUAGACAAAAGCACUAAUUAGCAUCAAUGAUGUUCCAUGACAUUUGACAUAAUUUAAUUGAUUUUAAACUGUACCAUGUAAUUUUUAUGGAUUAUAAUAAGCCUAUGACACCAUUGGGGUAAUUGUGGGUUAUAAUAAGCGUAUAACACCAUUGGGGUAAUUGUGGGUUAUGAUAAGCAUAUAACACCAUUGGGGUAAUUGUGGGUUAUGAUAAGCAUAUAACACCAUUGGGGUAAUUGUGGGUUAUGAUAAGCCUAUAACACCAUUCGGGUAAUUGUGGGUUAUGAUAAGCCUAUAACACCAUUCGGGUAAUUGUGGGUUAUGAUAAGCCUAUAACACCAUUCGGGUAAUUGUGGGUUAUGAUAAGCCUAUAACACCAUUCGGGUAAUUGUGGGUUAUGAUAACAGACUUCUUUACUCUAACAAUUUUGGCAGCGUACAAUGUAUGAUUUUGAGAUGUAUACAUUUUAUAUACUGUAUGUUUAUUUUUUACUCUUAAGAUAAUGUAUUGAACGAUUUUGUGAUGAUAUUGUACGAUUUUAAGAGUUUGAAGGUCAACAGGUCUGUAAUAAGCCUAUAACACCAUUUGGGUAAUUGUGAGUUAUAAUAAGCCUAUAACACCAUUGGGGUAAUUGAUGGUUAUGAUAAGCCUAUAACACCAUUGGGGUAAUUGUGGGUUAUAAUAAGCCUACAACACCAUUGGGGUAAUUGUGGGAUAUGAUAAGCCUAUAACACCAUUGGGGUAAUUGUGGGUUAUAAUAAGCCUACAACACCAUUGGGGUGGUAAUUGUGGGUUAUAAUAAGCCAAUAACACCAUUGGGGUAAUUGUGGGUUUCGAUAAGUCCAUAACACAAUUGGGGUACUUGUGGGUUAAUGUCACAGCUAUUGUUUGUACACUUAGCGCACAUUUGCUAACCUGUCCCAAAUAAAGAGGCAGAUUUAAAUAAGACAAAAUCUGAUUUAUUUCUUAACUGAAGCUAAAGUCAUGUUCAGUCAGUCAUGGUCAUUAUAUAUUAUGGCUCAUAGUAUAGUUGAUAAAUCUCAAGGUUAAUUUCAAACAAACUCACGGGGCGUUUUUUUUCUUCACAAUUUUAUUUCACAGAAUUUAUCUGGCAACUUUGAUCAGAAUCUGAGAAGUUUGCGCUUUAAAGAAGGACGUGAUUUCAUCCACUUCAACUAGUUCAAUAAACUGUUACCUAAUUUUCACA